AUGUCGUCUGCUGCCAUGCAGACAGCUCCUACGCACACAUCAGCGACGACAGCUUCGACAUUGUACCCCACAACCACUUCUUCCUCCUCUCCCCAGGCUCAGAAUGCUUAUCACCCGAGGACCGUUACUGCAUCUCMCCCGCCUCAGUCUGUCGACGUAACAUCUCGAAAUUCGCCGUCUUCAUCCAAGCGACCCAGUCGACAACCUAGCGCGAAUGGUGCGUCUGCCCUUGGUCCGCAACAGUCUCAGUACGGGUCGGGGUCGCCAACAAUGAGUUCUUCCGCCCAACCAUCCUCCCAGGGUCCGAUGCCCUCGAAUUCGACCAAUCACACGCAUUCUCGCUCCAAUGCUCCUGAUGGGUUAGGGGUCACACCGCAAAUUCCUCCUCGUACCUCAUCGAACCAACGAUCCAGCAGACGUCAGGACUCGAGUCAAUCAAGAAGUAGGGGUGAUGAUCCCAACAGCGGUCGGUCUCGUCGUAAAGGUCAACAAUCGCCUGAACGUUCUAAUCCAAAUGACAUUGCAGGCCAUCAUUCCUCCGCCUAUCAAAGCCGUUCAGAUCAUGCAUUGGGCUCAUCAUCCGAGCCUACUGCUCUCGCGAGCGAAUCGAGCACUGUCCUCAAUCGGGUUGUGAUUACCGAUCCAGCUGAGGACAUUGAGCGCGAACAUGAACGACUCGCAGAGGCACAGACCUCAGCUGGUGGAGCGUCUGAUUCAGUCACCGGUCUUGGACUGGUUAGCGAUGAAGCUGUAGACGACCGUGGCCCACGUCGGCAAGAUUACUCAAACACAUCGGGAAAACGCAAGGAAACCACCUUUGGAAGAUACAUAUUAGGUCAGACAUUGGGCGAAGGGGAGUUUGCCAAAGUCAAGCUUGGCUGGCAAAGAGAUGGCAGUAUCCAAGUUGCCAUCAAACUCAUUCGACGCGAGAGUUUAGGCUCAAAUCCCAGCAGACUCCCAAAGAUCUAUAGAGAAAUCGCAAUUCUCCGAGAAUUAUCUCAUCCAAACAUUGUGCGCCUACACGAGAUGGUAGAAACUGAUCGAUACAUCGGAAUCAUCAUGGAAUACGCCUCGGGUGGAGAGCUCUUCGACUAUAUUCUCAAGAAUCGCUAUUUGAAAGACAAUGCGGCCAGGCGUCUAUUUGCGCAGCUCGUUUCCGGUGUGGGUUAUUUACAUAAGAAGGGAAUCGUGCAUCGUGACCUGAAAUUGGAGAAUCUUUUACUUGACAGGAAUCGUAACCUCAUCAUCACUGAUUUUGGGUUUGCCAACACCUUCAACCCUGUUGAUGAACUUGGCGAGGAGAUUGAGUACAACCUCACCAACCGCGAAUUCGUCAAGAGAAUGGGACUCGACAAAACCGAUGCUGCUGGAUUGCGACGCGGCGAUCUGAUGCAAACCAGCUGUGGUAGUCCAUGCUAUGCCGCACCUGAGCUUGUUGUCAGCGACUCACUCUAUACUGGUCGCAAGGUUGAUGUUUGGAGUUGCGGUGUGAUUUUGUAUGCCAUGCUUGCCGGCUACCUCCCGUUCGACGAUGAUCCAGCGAAUCCUGAAGGAGACAACAUCAAUCUUUUGUACAAAUACAUUGUUAGCACCCAUCUCACUUUCCCCGAAUACGUAACACCACACGCCCGUGAUCUAUUGCGCCGUAUACUCGUCCCUGACCCUCGCAAACGCGCCGACCUUUUCGAAGUUGCUCGUCACAGUUGGCUCAGCGAAUACUCGCAUGUUGUGUCUCACAUCACGAGUAGCACCACGAAUAUUUCAGACAUUGCUACUACCACUGUCCCCGCUGAAGGAACACAAGAAGGCCCAACCCUCGUUCGCAGCGCAUCUGUGCGCGAACCACCAAAGAGCUUCCAGGGCAGCGCAUCGACCCUGGGAGGCUUGACUCACCAACCAGGAAAAGUUGCACCUCAAGAAGAGUCUCCCAAUAGUAAGACCAAGACUUCAAGGGAAGCAAAGAGACGAACCGUUCAGGUGGAAUAUGUCGCACCUCACUCGCAGACUGCUCGCGGCGAUCAUACAUCGAAUGCAUCUCCUCAAUCGGCAACGGCAACUCGAACAGGGUCUCGAGGUGUUGUUGAUCAGAACAAACCAUUACCAAGUGAACCACAAGGUGAGCAGCCGCAACGGACGACAAACCCCCAAUCAGCUCAAGAAUUACGAUCUAACGCUGGAAUCCCUCGCUCGACAUCAGAAGUGACAGGUCAGGUCUUUGAAAACUCGCAAACCACGCGCCCAAAUACCGGGCAUUCUGCCAUAUCUCUUAGCGCCGGAAGACUUCCUUCUCGUGGCUCCUAUGGUCAACCAGUGGCACCCACCGUGGCGGCAACCAACGCUCAAGGUCGACUGGCACAACCAAAGAAUGCCAAACAGUAUAAUAUCUCUUCACCAAUUCCACAAGACCCGAACAUGUCCAUCGGAAGACCUAGCACCCAUCAGCUCCCUAACAAAUUCAAUCAGACUCCUGUACAAGAACCAGUCAGGACCCACAAGCGUUCAAGCACAGUCAGCAGUAUCGGCGAGAGGCUUUUUGGCCGCUCAGGGUCAAUUUUCGGUAGUCGACCAAGCCAGCCUACUUCUCGUCCUAAAUCUGGCAAACGGUACCCUCCAACUAGUAUGAAAGAACCUUAUUCCACAGACGACUCAAGAGCCUCAAUCGACUCACGGCGAUCGAAUUCGUAUGCUACUCGUGCUGAACCACGGCCGCGGCGAUUCUCUCUCAUGAACUCUAUCAGGGGAUUAUCGUCAGGUCGUAGUGAUCAGAAUUCGGAAAGCGACUCUCAUGAUGCCGAAUACUCUCGGCCAGCUACGGGUCCCGGAAUUCUUCCAGGACGCGAUGUCAGUGGUGGAUACAGUGGCUACUCUGGCUCUCAGCAGGGCGAAGCAGCACCUCAAGAAAGUAGCUAUGAAGCUCAUAUUGAUAGACAAUUCGCACAGCUACACGAAAACAACCAAAUGUACCAGGAACAAGAGCAGCCCGGUGACUACAACUCGCCGGAGACCAAUGAUUUCUACGGUUAUCCUCAGCGAGGGCAGCAAUACAACGGAAGCUAUGAUAGGUCGCGGCCAUCUGCACAACUUACCCGACCCAAACAGGGAGUCUUGCAGAAGAAUAAUCGGAAGUUUGCGGAUGCGUACGAAUAUGAAAGGGAUCAUUCUCACCAUUCUGGAAGCUCGGGGGCAGCAAGAAAAGUCAUGGACUUUUUCCGUCGACGAGGCAAAGCCAGAGCUGGGGAAGAUCGGUGA